UAAAAACUGUAGUAAAACGAACACCUGACAGCAGUGCUUACAAGCCAGAAAGUAUCAGCUAUCGAUAGUAGCGCAGUUAUCGCUUGUGCCGUCGGCGUUCCUAUCGCUAUCGCCGCCGGCGUUUUGGAUUGUGCAAAUAAUAAUAAACAAAUCAUCAGUUAAAAGAUCGUGUAAAAAUGCAGUGGACGGUACUUUGUCUGCUGGCAGUGGCCGUGAUGUGCUCAUCAGAGAGUCCGGCUUCCUCGGACACGGCUUUUCUGACGCCGGGCACGUCCAUAAAUGUCACGGAGAACGCCUACGGAUCGAAGACACUGCGGACGUACUGCUAUCCGGGCAAGCGCUACUCAGUUCUGAAUCUCUUCGAGACGGUGGAAUUCGUGCUGACGAUCGCCAGCGAGGACUAUGCCCAGUAUGGGGGCAGGACGCCGGAGGAGGUACUGGAGCACUACAACGAGCAGCAAUCGCUCUUCAGCAUCACCCUGUUUUCCCAGAAGCGUCAGCGUCUCCAGCUCUCGCCAUUUGACCAGCAAUGCAUCGGGAUCUCCUCCCGACAACCGUACAUUGUCGUUCUGAACACCAUUCAGUUGGAUCUGUGGCGAUUUGUCCAGUUCUCACUGGGCCUCCUGACCUUCUGGAGCGCCCGGCGGCUGGCGAAGAACAGUGUGUUCUACUAUCUGGCCGGGGUCCUCUUGGGCAUCUGCGCCUCCCUGCUGGUGGUCAUCUACCUGGCCGCCAAGCUCUUUCCGCGGCGACCCAUGAUGUACGGCGUCCUCAUCGGCGGCUGGACUAUUGGCUUCUAUGUCCUCAAGCAGCUGGCGGACAACUUGCGACUGAUCCUGCUCACCUACCGCGACCACGUCGUGUGGUAUCUGGUGGUCACCGGACUGAUUUCGUUCCUGAUUUGCUAUCGAAUUGGCCCGCCAAAGAAUCCGCGCUCCCAAAAUAUCAUCAUGUGGGUGCUGCAGGCGAUGGGCGGUGUCCUGGUGUACUUUUGCAGUUGGCACACGAGCGCCUUGGUCUUUCUAAUGGUAGUGGCCUUCGUGGCCCACUACUUCCCCAGGGCGUGGGUUCGUCAAGCCAAGAUCAUGUACCGGCGCCGCUUUCCGCCGAAGAGGCGGCUUCUAACUCAGGAGGAGUACUACCAGCAGUCGGCGGAGGAGACCUCGAAGUCCCUAGCAGAGCUAAGGAAAUUCGUCAACAGUCCGGAGUGCAAGCAAUGGAAAGUGAUCAGCAACCUGCGCAAUCCCAUGCGCUUUGCCACAUUCGCCAAUGGUGCACCGCAUCUGGAUGACGAGGAGAUCGAGGACUACUCGCGAGCCAUUGAGGAGUCCAUGGAGGCGGCGCCGCAGGAGGAUCCCGAGGAGUUUCUGCAGUGCAGCAUGUACUAUCGUCCGUCGGGAAGAUUCCGUUUAAGUAGUCCUUCGCGACACCGGGUCAACAUACCACUGCCGCAUUCCCAGCAUCGCACUUGAAGGAAGUCGUAAAACAAGAAGAUCAAGGAUGAUUUACCCGAAUAGAAUGCAGACGCCCAUCCGUUGAUGCACCCCACCAACCAAACCAAAAACUCAUUAGGCUAAGCUCAAACCAUCCCCGUGUGUAUAUUUCGCAACCGUUUUCAAACUUCCCACCCUUAUUUCAUUUUGAAUUCAUUUAUUUUAUGUUUCUUGAAACUGAAGUUAUAGUUCCACUCCAUUAAUAUUUGAUUACAUUUUUUGUACUUUUUUGUGUACUUUUCUUGAGACUGAAGUUAUAGUUCCACUCCAUUUUUAUUUGAUUUCGUUUUUUUGUACUUAUUUGUGAACUUUUCUUGUGACUGGUUAGGAAUAAAUCGAAAACAUAAAUGUUAUAUGAUCCAUGUGUAUUUAUUUCCAUUACCAAACAAUUUCUUAUCUUUCAUGGCUCUGAUUUUUAUUAACAGCAAGGAAAAACAAUACCAAGGUAUAGCCGUUUAUUUCUAAGUUCAGUUAGGGGUACAAAUUUAUUUAAAAAUUUAAUAAACAAAUUUCAACGGAGGCUUUUAGAGGUCCGGCUUAACCAAUUUUUUCUCUAGUUUUGCAAGCACUGAUUAUAAUUAUUAAUAUUUUGAGUUAAAUCAAAAGAAUUUGACCAUGGAGUUUUAGAAAAUAUUGAUUACUCUUUAUCUAUUUAUGCUAACAAGUUGGGGAAAAAUGGUGACGUUUUCUCAGUCAAAACUGCGUACAACCUGCUGUCUCAGCAUCGAUCUGAAACACAUAAUUAAUAAUAAGUCCGGGAAAGUAAAUACAAUUAUUAUUAUUAAUUAAAAAGAUUUAAAUCUAUGUUUCUUAACUUUUUUCCCCUCUAUAGGUAUAUAGUUAUUAGUUAAAAGUUGUAAUUAACAUCAAAUGGUAAUGCGAACUUUGUUUUAUGCUACCGGUCGAUCUCAAACAUGAAUCAAAUUUCUAAUGAAAAGGUCGCAUUACAGACAAGUGAAGUUGAUUAGCAGA